AUGAUAUUCCCCACCCCCUUCAUAACCUUCCUCCCCCUCCUCAUCUCCCUCACCGCCGCCCUCCCCACUAACCCUCCCCACCCCCUCUACGCCCGCGACACCUCCCUCGCCGCCGCAGAAACAUGGCACAUCACCCGCCUAGACAUGCACAUGAUGAGCACCAGCACCGGCAUCCCCGGCAACGGCCCUUGGCCCGAAGGCUCAAAGUUCGAUUCCACCAUCGACUUUGAUGUGCUGGUGCCAGAGGAGGCUCCACUACCGGCGUCGAAGUGGAACUGUAAGGGUACGAUGAAGAACGGGACGAUUAUCGAGGAUGUGGUGGGUUGUGUGGAUGGGAAGGGUGGGGUGGGUGAUGUGUCGUUUGGGAUGACGGGGUAUGAGGCGGUUGGGGAGAGGAGGGCUGAGUUGAGCUUUUGGUUGUGGGUUUAUCGGGUUGG